UUAUGUACAGUUCCCUCGACUCGGUCCAGAAUCAUCGUUAUCUCAUGGUCUUUAUCUCAUCAACCUCCCAGUACCGUACGCUGGAGCGAAGGCCAGAACGAAGGCAGUCAGUGAACCAUAAGCUAGAAUUAUCUAUCAAGCAGGUUUAUCCAUUCCAAACACCUGAGCCAGAGCUCGUCAAGUACGGACCAUUCCUUCGAAAUUACGGAUUUCUGUUUUCUCAUACCUACACAAUUAUUAAAAAACGAUGGAGGUUCACCCUCGCAACGCUGGCUCCUAGACCGGCUUUAUUGGUACUUUCGAUUUAUUGUAGUUUAUUGUUUUUUUUUUUUUUUUUUUGACAAUUAGUUCAGGCAGACCAGCAUGGGUUCUGCUGCUCCAGCAUUACUUGUACAGCACGCGUUAGGAGCACUGAGCAGCCUGCAGGGAUUCCCAGGAGGGUCAUUACCCUCCGCGCGCCUGCUUCCGCCUCGGUUCUCCGGAUCCCUCGGCCAUAAAUUCGUCCUGGAAGAUGAGGAAAUAGGAAGGGGUCGGUUCGGCGUGGUGCGGAGGUGUAGACACAGAGCGUCCAACCGUCCCUUCGUGUGCAAGUCCAUAAGCAAGUCCUCGCUGCAGUCUGCGCAGCACAUCGACUCUUUACGUUCCGAGGUAGACGUCCUCUUGGCAGUGCGCGGGCUACCCAGCGUGGUGCACGUGGAGGAAGUAAUAGAGGAGCCCCACGCCGUGCACGUGGUGAUGGAGGCGUGCGGGCAGGGCGACCUGUUUGACUACAUCGCUCAUUUCAACGGGAUGCCCGAGCCAGCCGUGCGAUACCUCUUCAGGCAGGUGGUGCUGGGAGUGGCGGGGUGCCACAGCCUAGGGAUCAUCCACCGAGACAUCAAGCCAGAAAACAUCUUCCUCUCCCUCAACCCCGCCGAACCUGCUGCAACCUCUCCCAACACCUGCGUCAACACCAGUACUGCUGCUGCUGCUGCUGGUGGUUCUUCUGUUACUGCUCCUGCCUCCCCGCCUGUGCCGCCCACCAGUCUCCUUAUGAAGCUGGGGGACUUCGGCCUGGCCCUCUUCCUGCACACCCAGCCUGGGGCCGAGGCUCGGGGCAGGGUCGGCAGCUCGUACUACAUGGCUCCGGAGGUGGUUCGGGGCGGCAGGUACGGGCUGCCAGCUGACAUCUGGAGCCUCGGAGUGAUUCUCUACAUCAUGCUCUCAGGCUUCGUGCCCUUCUGGGGAGCCACGUCAGUGCAGACCUUCGAGGCCAUCUGCUCCGGCCGCCUGGACCUCUCCUCCCCCGCCUGCCUCGCGCUCUCCCCACCCGCCAAGGCCCUCCUGCGCUCCAUGCUCUCUCUAGACGCGGCUGCUCGCCCCACCGCCCAGCAGAUUCUCGCUCACCCCUGGUUGUCGUUAGAGUCUGAGGAUCAUUCAGUGGGUCUGGGGAAAGGCUUGGUUGACCGUGGUGGUUUGCUGGCGUUUGAUGGUAUCGGGAUUGAUGGUUGGGGGGUUGAUGGCAAGUGGAGGAUUGAGGGUAUGGGCGAUCUCGAACGGUCUAUUUUAGGGUUGGAGGAUCCGAGGUUGGAUCUGUUAAUUAAGGAGGAAUGUAUUGCUCAGCAGGAAAUGCUGCUGGAGCAGCAGCAGCAGCAACAACGGGAGCAGCAGCAGCAGCAACUGGAGCAGCAGCAGCGACUGGAGCGACGAGAAAAGGAGCUGGUGGCUUUGCAACUGGCGCAGCAGCAGCAACGAAAACAAGAGCGACUGGCUUUGCAGCAGCAGCACCACCCGUAUCACCAUCACCAGUAUGAGCAGCAGCAGCAGCAGCACGAGCAGCAGCAGCAGCACCAACACCGCCGUCAACUCUUCCCAAUACAGCAGCAGGAGCACGAGCAGCAGCAGCACCUGCAGCAGCGGCAGCAGAUCUUGCACCAGCAGCAGCAGCAGCUGCAAGCAUACGCGGCAAUCGAAGCCGAAGCACAGCGUCUACUCCUAGACAGACAGCAAUAUUUGCGGCAGCAGUUUUUACUCCUGCACCAAGAGCAGCUGCAGCUGCAGCAGCAGCAGGAGGAGCAGCAGCAGCAUGAGCAGGGAGGGCGGCAGCAGCACGGGCAGGGAGGGCGGAAGAAUCAACGGCUGAGAUGCUCCAGCUGUGAUGACGUGGAAGGCGGAGGGGGGAUGGAUCUGGAAAGCGGGCCGUCCUCGUCAGGAGAAACAGAGGAGACUGGGGAGGGAGGAGUGAGUGUGGGGAGGGUUUUUGAGUCGAGAGGAAAAGGAGGAAUGAGUGUUGAGAGGGAUUUUGAGUCGGCUCAAAAGGGAGGAGUGGGGAUUGGGAGGGGGGAGAGGGGUGCGGCAACUGCAGCAGGUGCCUUGUUGGGGGAGAAGAGAGAAGCGAGAGAACAGAUUCUACCAGGGAAGCAGGCAAGGGAGGAGAGGUUGCUUUUGCCGCUGUUUUCUCUGGACAUGGCAAGGGGUGGGCGACUGAGAAGUAAGUCUAGGAGCAGCAGAGGGAAAGGCACUGGUUACAGCAGUGAGAGAGGAUGCACUGGUUACAGCAGAGAGGGAGAAGGCACUGGUUACAGCAGAGAGGGAGAAGGCACUGGUUGCAGCAGAGAGGGAGGAGGCACUGGUUACAGCAGAGAGAUUGCUUGGCAGCAGGACGAGGGGAGGGCUGUGCUGGGUGGGCGACUGAGGAGCAAGUCUAGAAGCAGCAGAGAGAGAGGCGUUGACUGCAGAAUGGAGAUUGCUUGGCGGCGUGAAGAGAGGCCUGCUCCAGAUGUCGACAUCCCUCUAAUCUUUGGCAGUUCACUUGUGGCGGAUGUAUCUGCAUACGUACCAAUACCAGAUGUACUGGUACCUGACCCUCCUACACCAGAUGUACCUGCACCAGAUGUGCCUGCACGUCUCUGGCAGCGGGGGUACCGGCCCCCGUUACCUCUCUCUAACCUCUUCCCCAGCCCCUCCCCUGUUCCUAUUUCGGAAGUAAUUAAUCUUAGCCUUUCCCUGUCCGUGGGAUGCGGUGGCAGCUUCUAUGCUGCUGCUGAUGCGAACGACACUCCAACGGUGCAUGGGGGAGGGGCGUCCAGGCCGAACCAGCAGUACCAGGAGAACCAGCAGACGGCCCAGCAGCAGCAACAAGGAGCGGAAGCAGCAGCCACAGCAGCAGCAGCAGCAGCAGCAGCAGCAGCAGUUGCCACUGUGCACAGGGGCGUGUGGUCAUGGGGCAGGGGGGGGGCGGGGUUGGUCCAAGCGUGGCCGGAUCUACCAAGAGAGGCUGGUAAUGCAGCAGAGGGUAGUGAGGGUAGUGAGGGUAGUGAGGGUAGUGAUGGGAAGAGUGGUGGGAAAAGGAGGGAGCGGAAGAGGGCUCGGGUGGCAUGGAUGCCAUCUCUGUUUACUGGUGAGUCGUCAGGACCUGGGAGGGUCGGUGGUGGGCAGAAUAUAGGAGGGAAGGUUUUUGAGUCCACUCAAAAGCAGUCUCUGUUUACUGGUGAGUCGUCAGGACCUGGGAGGGUCGGUGGUGGGCAGAAUAUAGGAGGGAAGGUUUUUGUGUCCACUCAAAAGCAGUCUCUGUUUACUGGUGAGUCAUCAGGACCUCAGUGGGCUGCUGGCGGGCUGAAGAUUCGAGGGAAGGGGGAGGAGGAGGAGGAGAAACGAGGGGAGGGGGAGGAGGUGGAGGAGGGGAAAGGGAAGGAGGGAAAUGGUCAGAAAGAGGAUGAGAAGCAGGAAGAGGAGGGUACGGAGCAAGAGGAGCAGCGUAUGCCGUGGCAGCCUGAAGGAAACGAGGCGGGGGGGCAGGUGAAGCCAGGACGUCAGGAGGAGAGAGGAAACGAGGAGCGGGGGCAGAAGCAGCAGCAGCAGCAGGAGCAGCAACAGCAAAAGCAGCAGCAGGAGCAGCAACAGCAAAAGCAGCAGCAGGAGCAGCAGCUGCAAAAGCAGCAGCAGCAGCAGCUAGAGGAAGGACAGAGGCGACAGCUAGGGGCUUUUCACAAGCUGCAGCAGCAGCUGCUGGAGUUACACAGGCUGGAGCAAAUAGAGAGGGAGAGGGGGCAGCAGGGAGGAAGGGAGGAAGGGGAGCAGAUAGAGAAAGAGCAGUGGGGGCAGGUAGGGUCUUGUGAGAAGCUGCUACAGCAGCAGCUGCUGGAACUACAUAGGUUGGAAAAGUUAGAGAGGGAGAAGAGGCAGCAGGGGGGGGGAGAGGUGCUUUCUACAGCUCUUGAAGGGGCAGCUGAAGGGGCAGCUGAAGGGGCAUCUGAAGGGGCAGCUCAAAGAAGCAGGGAAGACGAAAGGGAGGGUAGUGCAGAAGGGAGGGAAAGGGGCGAAGGGAAUGGGGGUGCGAAGGAGAAGGCACACGGCGAGAGGGAGGCAUCUGGGAAGGAGAAAACGACAGCAGGGCCGACUGAGUGGCGUGUGACUAAAUGGGGGGCGGAUGGCAGGAAAGUAAGUGCAAGAAUAAGCCCUAAGGGGGGUUCCAUACAGGCCAAGAAGGGACCUAGUGGGGAAGGGCUAAGCGCCAGUGGAAAGGCAGGGCUAAGCGCCAGCGGGGAUGCAGGCAUAGAGGGGCUCGGCAACGGGGCUUUUGGGACUGGGAGCAACAGCCUGGAGCUUAGAGGAGACCCGUUAAGCAAGGCGAGUAGGGGGAUGGGGAAGAGGAAGCAGCUAGAGAGUGACAGAAAGGAAGCGCUUUCUGCCAGCCAAGCAUGGCUGGACCGACUCACAGGGCGAGGCAAGAAGCAAGCGUUCUCUGCAACUGAUUUGGCCAGCCAACCGAGUCACCAGGAACAUCAGGAACCCCUUGGGAUCGAGGUGGGUAACAACUGGAGUGUGCGUGAGGGGCUUGAUGGUAAAGGCUUGUCACACGAGGAGGAGGAGGGGGGGCAGGCACAGUCAGGGUGGGAAGGAGCGCAGUUGAAAAUGAAGAAGUGGCUGCAGCAGCUGCACGUUCCCCAGAUAACACCUGCACCCGCUGCCGGUGAACAGUGCCAGAUAACACCCGCUGCGGCUGCUGCUGAGCAGGACCUGUUUGGCCGAGGCGAAUGUGGCAGUGAGGUGCUGAGCAACCAAAUUUCUGGCAGAGGAGUGGUAGCAGGAGGGGUGGCAGGGGCUGAGAUGGUCCGAGGGGCAGGAGGGGCAGGAGGGGCAGGAGGGGCAGGAGGGCCGCGAGGGCCAGGAGGGGCAGAAGUUGCUGUCGCCCAUGCACCCAGCCCGUUACGAUUCGCGGCUCCUCAUACAGCCAUGAAGAAAGGCCAGAUCACUUUUGAGUCGACUCAAAAGGCACCCAGCCCGUUACGAUUUGCGUUACACACUCCUCAUGCAGCCAUGAAGAAAGGCCAGAUCACUGAGCCUGACGUGCCCACUGCCCCUCUUGCGGCUCCUGUUGUUCCUCCUGUACUGAUUCCACCAGCAGUUGCAUUUUCAGCAGUAACGGGAAGAGAACUGUUGAUGGCAGCACCGGCACCGGCACCAGCAGCAGCAGCAGCAGCAGCAGGCACAGCAGCAGCAGGCACAGCAGCAGCAGCAGCGGCAGGCACAGCCGCGAGACCGGUUUUCCCAUCCGAACCCUCCCAGGUUUCUGACUUAUCAGAAAUCUCUCGCUCCAGACAAAACCAGCGGAACCAGCAGGAGCAACAGAACCAACCGAAUCUAACAGAGCCAAAGAAGACAAGGCUGGCUUUGCAGUCUCACUUCCUGAAAGAGCCAAUGCAAGCAGGAGCACCCAGACGCCCCUUAUCACCUGCUGUGUUCCCCUCCCACCCCAACCUUCUCCCCACUCAAAGGUCCAACUCUCCGGCCCUUCUUUUUCCCGCCCGGCCGCCAACUGCCCUCCCCACGAUCGCCAGCGUUUGGGCGGAGGCAGCAGCAACGGCUCAGGGAAAUGGCGUGAGCGCUGGUCUUUCUGUGUUGGCAGAUAGAGGAGGCAUGGGGGUUGAGAUGGCAGCAGCAGCUGCGGCAGCAGCAGCAGUGGCAGCAGCAGCAGCAGCAGCAGCAGCAGCAGCAACGGCACAGAGAAAGGCUCUGGGCGCUGGUCGUUCUGUGUUGGCAGAUGCAGGAGGCUUGCGCGGGGGAAUGGAAGGAGAGGAGAUACUUCCAAAUGGAAAGUCGUUGAAGCAGACUGGAGAGGAAGAAUCUGAGGCGAUACUGGGGAGGACUGAGGGGAAAGGAGUUGAAAUUUCACACUCUGCUGGUAAACACACAGUCCGGAGGACGGGGCAGCUGGCAGGGGUGACAGCUGUGCAGUCGACUCAAAGAAGAGAGGGUCAGCCGGAGUGUGGGACCCUCGGGCCUGCCUGUUUCGGUGUGCAGGCAGGCGUGCGAGAUUGGGGUGAUGCUGAGUUGAAUCAGGGUGAAGGGCGGGAUUUGGCGGCUGGUAGAACAGUAGACAGAGGGAGAAUGGUAGGGUCAGCGGCAGGGAUAGGCACAGACGUGGAGGCUCCGCUGCACUCGAUGUUCUCACCCCUCAGUACUGUCACAGGGUCGCUCGGUGCGGCAGGGGCAGGGGCAGUGGCAGAGGCACGGUUGCAGUCCUUGUUCUCACCCCUCAAUGUUGUCACAGGGGUGCAAGGUGGAGCAGUGAGUAAUAGUGUGAGUUCUGUGAGCUGCCUGACCCUCUCUUCUGCUGCAGGCCUGCAGCAGCAGUCAUUUCCCAGCAGAAAGAGAAAAGGCAAGGAGCUGCAACAGCAGUGACAGCAGCAGCAGCAGCAACAGGAGGGAGUGAGUUGUGUGAGGCAAUAGCGGACUGAGUUGGGUUCAGUGAGUUGUCUGACCCUGCACUUCUGUAGGUCAGCAGAAAGAGACGAAUGGGAGGAGCUGACGAGAUUUUGUUUAGAAGCAGCAAUGGCUGUAACAGGAGGAGCGAGGGCACCAAUGUGAGCCGAAGACCAUCACACAAAAAGAUGCUGGGACAUCAAUAUAAGCUCCUAUUGUCAACUUAUACAUAUUAUCUAUGUAGAAGUUAUAGGCUAGACUGAGGUAUGCUUCUAGUGAGUACAACCAACUAGUAUUUGUUCUAGGUUUCCACCUCUAGUA